AAAAUAUAUAAAAAAAAUUUAUUUAGUGUAAUUUAGGUAGGAACUUAACUCCAUCUUUAUUUCUGUACUUAUGAUUAAAUAUUAGUGGACAUUAUUAAUCAUAACAUGGCAUUCAACUUCACCGCCUUUACAUAUAUCGUUGCGCUCAUCGGCGAUGCAUUUCUGAUAUUUUUUGCGAUUUUUCAUGUGAUUGCAUUUGAUGAGCUGAAAACAGACUACAGAAAUCCAAUUGAUCAAUGUAACAGCCUUAAUCCGCUGGUGCUACCGGAGUACAUACUACAUAUAUUUCUUAAUAUACUGUUUCUAUUUUGUGGUGAAUGGAUAUCACUGUGCAUUAAUAUACCGCUUAUAGCAUAUCACGUUUGGCGCUACAAAAAUCGUCCGGUUAUGACAGGACCUGGUUUGUAUGAUCCAACAACGAUAUUAUCAACAGAUAAUUUAUCAAAAAAUAUGCGUGAAGGCUGGAUUAAGUUGGCAAUUUACUUGAUAUCAUUUUUCUAUUAUAUAUAUGGCAUGGUUUAUUCACUCAUUUCAACGUAAAUUAACCCUAUGUUAACCUAAAAUGAAAACUAAAAACGAAACAUUGAACAAGUCAUUUUUGUAUUAAUAUACAUAUAUUUAAAUAUGGUCUUAAUGGUAAGGUUUGUGUUACUUUUUAUAGUUAAGAUAUAUUUUCAAUAUCGAAAACCAACUACCUGCAAACAUUAAAGCGAGCAAAGAAAAGCUUUAACACAUUUAUAAUUAUAAGUCAUAUAAAAUGUUAAAUUAAUAAAUUAUUUAGUUGGAUACGAUGUUCGAAUUAAAAAU